GAGUAAUAUCAUUUUUUUGGAGCCAGGUUUUGUAAGCAUUCAUACUAUUAAAUAUGUUAUGUUUCAGCUGGAAGCCAAGCAUUGUCUUUCUUGGCAUUUCUAUGGACGGCUUUAUGAAUAUUCUUAGGCCUUUGACGUUUCUAACAUUUUCAGAAAAUAAUGACGUUCACUUCAUCGACUUCAAGCAGUCAAACUUCAAGCAGUCAAAGCUACUUGUAACAAUUGUUGGCCUUCAAACUGUGUUUGUUUUGAUCAUCUGCAGUUGUUUUCUUGAGCACAAGCGCAAACUUGAGUCAUUUCACAUCUGUCUCCUUCAACUUAUGUUACAAGCUUUUCAGAAGAACUUGAUUUAUAGUUUCGUAUCCCUGAAUUUCUGUGUUAAUAGAACACCUCAAAGGAUAAGGCCCAUGGUGUUUGGCCAGCAAAUGGGACUUCUUUUUUUUAAACCAGUAACUUUGUAUUCCUCAACAUUAAGGGCUAUGCUGGCCACCUCCAAAAGUGUUAUUUACAGAAAAUUGAAGCAACGACAAUUACAGAGCUCCUAUGAAGUCCACUAAUUGGAUCUCCUCAUCCAUGUUUUGUUCUUUACACCAAAAAUCUAGAGUAGUAAUUACUUUCCACUUAAUCUUCCCUAUUGAACAUUCCUUCAUAAAUUCUUUGAUUUCUUUCCUUCCAGAUAACCCACCAUAUGAAGGCUGGUACUGUCCUCCACCUUCUUUUCUGACUCUUGCUACCUCCUCAUCCAACAACUUAACAGAUUUGCCGUAUGUUCUGGCAUAAUCCAUUGUAAGUUAGCCAUGCUGAUGAAAAGAGCCCAUACUUAUGAUGAGAAGAGCCCAUACUUGUGAUGAAAAGAGCCCAUACUUAUGAAAAGUUAGCAACGGGGCUUUUGGAAAGGUAAUAUGUAACUUACCUACUCUGCUCUGGAAUUCCUUGAAACCAUCGAUGUUCUCUCUUAAUUGUCAGCAAAGAUGAUACUGAAUAUUGGCUCUUUGGUUCAAGUUGAUAGUACCAUUCCUCAGUCUGAUCUAUUUUUGACAAUUGAUAUGGCAACUUAUGAUGUGUGAAUGCUUUCGACGGCUGAUACUGAGUUAUCUUUUUCUUAUUUUCUUGUUUAUAAAGAACAGUCUGGAAUAAUUUAUUGCACAGGAUGGUUCAAAGGCUUAUGAAUAGAACUAUGUGGUGGUUCUUCACUUGUACAACAUAGUAGCACAACUUUGGAUAUGCUUUUCUAAGAUGACCUACCUUUGAAAGUUGAACCCAGUCAGUCCAUUUGCCUAGGCUAGUAAGAUAAACAUUCAUAGCUGUCCAAUAACUACAGUAGAGAAAGGAAAUGGGGUAAAAGAAGCAAGUAUUAAAAGGACUAUUCAUUUUUCUUCAGAACUGGAAAAUGUUUCCUCUAACCUGUUUUCUUUGAUGGAAGCAACAUUUUAGCUAUGCGUGGAGUUUUUGCUUAUUUGCUUUUUCCUAGGUUAACAUAGUCAGACUGCCUUCUUUGAGCUAAAGGAUUUAAGUUGAGCAAUUCGACAGAAGGAGAAAGUGUGUACUUGCGAUGAAAUAUUUGACCCCAAAUGCAUUGAGAGUGAUGAUGUAAACGAAGCAUAGUGCAAGGGUUAGGGCAACAUGCAGGACAUAUACCAGUGAGACUUUAAGUUGGUCAGUGAACUUGUAUGGUUUACUUUACUCAAGAUACUGUAGGGAUUGCUUGCUUUUGAAACUGAAAAAUUUCUCAAUUGUAUACUUCCUAGGCAACUAAUUUACGGCAUAAAUU